AUGCCACUUGAUUACCGUUUCUACAGUCUUGCCAUUGAAACAAAUGCUAUUCAUGCUGCUUCAAGAACUCAUGAUUUGGGGUUUGGUGUCCCAUGUCCCCUUGGCUACUUCCCUUGUGGGAAUACCACAAAGUGCUUACCUCAGCUCCUCCACUGCAAUGGGAUAGAUGACUGUGGGAAUCAAGCUGAUGAAGACAACUGUGGUGAUAACAAUGGAUGGCCUCAGCAACUGGAUGUGAUUUACAACAUAAGGUUAUCCCAAUAUGCUUCUGAAGAGGAAACUGAAGAUUGCUUGGUUGAUUCUGUGCCCAAAGAAUGUUUGUGCCGUGGCUUAGAGUUAGACUGCAAUGAUGCCAGUUUGCACACCGUUCCUUUGGUCUCUUCAAAUAUAACAAUGAUAUCCCUACAAAGGAAUCUGCUGACAAAGCUGGUUGCCAAUGGCUUCAAAAAAUAUCAGGAUCUAAAAUACCUGUAUCUCCAAAAUAAUAACAUAAGUGUUGUAUCGGGACAUGCUUUCAAAGGACUCUACAAUCUGACAAAGCUAUAUCUGAGUCACAACAAGAUCACCUUUUUGAAACCCUAUGUCUUUGAAGAUUUACAUAAGCUAGAAUGGCUUAUAAUUGAAAACAAUACAGUGAAAUGUGUCACCCCAUUAACCUUUUAUGGUUUGAACUCACUUAUUCUCCUAGAUUUGAUGUACAAUACGCUUGCCCAAUUGCCUGACAGACAUCUUUGUCAACAUAUGUCAAGGCUGAAUUGGCUAGACCUUGAGGGCAAUGAUAUUAACAAUUUAAGAAAUGCCACUUUCAUGUCCUGUAGGAGUUUAACAGUGCUAGUUCUGAAAAGAAACAGAAUCACCUCUCUAAAUGAAAAUAGCUUUGCUGCUCUUCAAAGAUUAGCUGAACUAGAUUUGGCUAACAACAAGAUUGAAUGGCUUCCUCCAAAACUAUUUAAGGAGCUGAAAGAACUCUCAAAAUUAGAUCUUUCAUACAAUCCGAUCCAGAAAGUUCUAGCAGAUCAGUUUGAUUAUCUUACAAAACUCAAUUCACUAAGCCUGGAAGGUGUUGAGAUUACAAAUAUCCAAAGAAGAAUGUUUAACCCACUUAGAGAGCUUUCUCAUAUAUAUUUUAAAAAAUUCCAGUAUUGUGGCUAUGCCCCACAUGUACGCAGUUGCAAACCAAAUACUGAUGGAAUCUCGUCCUUUGAAAACCUACUGGCUAGCAUUAUACAGAGAGUAUUUGUCUGGGUCGUAUCUGCUGUUACUUGCUUUGGAAACAUCUUUGUGAUCUGCAUGCGGCCUUACAUUCGAUCAGAAAACAAACUCCAUGCUUUAUCAAUAAUGUCACUCUGCUGUGCUGAUUGCCUCAUGGGCAUAUAUUUAUUUGUGAUUGCUGCUUUUGACUUGAAAUAUCGCGGAGAGUACAAUAAGCAUGCUCAGUUAUGGAUGGACAGUAUCCAUUGCCAGCUGCUGGGAUCUUUAGCCAUUUUAUCCACAGAAGUCUCAGUUUUACUGUUAACCUACCUAACUUUGGAAAAAUACAUCUGCAUAGUUUAUCCUUUUAGAUUCUUGAAGCCAGGAAAAUACAGAACAAUUUCAAUUUUGGUUCUCAUAUGGCUUAUAGGGUUUGCAGUGGCUUUAAUUCCACUAAGCAAUAAGGACUUUUUUCAGAAUUACUAUGGUACUAAUGGGGUCUGUUUCCCCCUUCAUUCUGAGCAGUCUGAAAGCACUGGAGGACAGAUUUAUUCUGUCAUCAUUUUCCUAGGUGUUAACUUGGUAGCAUUCAUCAUCAUAGUGUUCUCCUAUGGAUGUAUGUUUUAUAGUGUUCAUCAGACAGCUAUUACUGCAAUGGAAAUCCGGAAUCAUGUGAAGAAAGAGAUUACGCUUGCCAAACGGUUUUUCUUCAUCGUAUUAACAGAUGCACUAUGCUGGAUACCCAUAUUUAUACUAAAACUACUUUCUUUACUUCAAGUAGAAAUUCCAGGUUCUAUAACUUCCUGGGUUGUGAUUUUUAUACUGCCAAUAAACAGCGCCUUAAAUCCUCUUCUGUAUACGCUGACCACUAGACCUUUCAAAGAAAUGAUUCAUCAAAUUUGGCACAAUUACAAGCAAAGAAGGUUCUCAGGAAGCAAAGAUAGUCAGAAAAUGUAUGGACCAUCAUUUAUUUGUGUUGAGAUGUGGCCUAUAGAAGAGACUUCACCAAAACUAACAAAACCUGCCUAUUAUACAGAUUUCUCUGAAGGGUCGAUGUUUACACACUCAGAAAGACAAAGUUUAUACACAUGAAGAUAAUUCCAGGCAUUACAUGACUAUGAAAAUUUGCACAUUCAGCUUUCCUAUCAUGAAAACUUGACCACCUAAAAAGCAGACUCACUGUUCCAGACUGAAGUAUGGCAAGAUAUAUGACUAUGUGAAUCUAUUAACAGCCUUUCUGGGAGAACUAUCCUAAGGUGCUGGUGGGUGGGAAGGAAGAUAUUUAUUAUUGUGACAGCUUGAAGACUAACAAAAUGAGCUAUGGUCAACAAAGGCUUAUACUAUAAUAAAUUUAUUAGUCUUUGAUACAGGUUUUUGUUUUGUUUUUGCUACUUAUGUACUGGUGGGUAAAAUGUACUUACGAGCGGGCUAGCAGAACUUCAAAGGAAUAAAAAUGGCCAAAGGUUUGUUUUGCAGCUUCAAUUUCAAGUGUAAUAUUUAACUUGUAAAGUUUAUGGACACAGAAAAAAACAACCACAAUCUCAAUAAGCAAUAUUAAUGUAAGCAAGGGAGUGUUUUUCGUGAGGUUACAAAUCUAUAUCCUCUUGUCUGGGAGCAAGGCAAAUAUAGGAUUGCAUUUUGUAACAUACAAAAGCUAAAAUGACUUGGAUUACUGAAUAUCUGGAGAAUGAACAAAGGUAAUCGAUUUUACAUAGCUGGCAAGAUUUCUAUCCUUGCACAACAGUGAUUUAUAUGGGAAACCACAUUUUUAUGACUUCAGGUUUGCAAUAUAAAGCACCGUGAAAAUAGCAAUGGCCUUACUGGUUGCAAAAGAAUUUAUUCAUGUUUGCACUGGAUGUUCUGAAGUGUAAAAGAACAAAAGUUGCAUACUUGCACUUGAACGUUUACAGAUUUUUGCAGUACCUUGAACUUGGCUAUAAACCAAGAAAUUGUAUCCAAUUUCUAUUAAUAUGUAUAAAUAUUGUUGUGUUUGAAAAUAAAGUACACUCUGGGGAAUGAACCUGUAA